CAUUAUACAUACGUACAUAUAUAUAUAUAUAUAUAUAUAUAUAGGGAGGAGUGGCCAUAAUUAGCCAUUGUUGAAGGCGGUUUAAUUUGUGUGCAGUAUAAGUUUAUCGUCGUCUCUCAAUUUUGGGGGAUAAUAAGGGUUUUCUGUGUUGAUUUUGGGGCUGUUAUUUUUUUUUUUAUUUUUUUUUUCUAGGUUUGGGGGAAUUAAUUGAAUCGGAAUGGGGAGGGGAAGAGUGCAGCUGAAGAGAAUCGAGAACAAAAUCAAUCGGCAAGUCACGUUCUCGAAGCGUCGAUCGGGAUUGUUGAAGAAGGCUCAUGAGAUCUCCGUGCUGUGCGACGCCGAUGUCGGUUUGAUCGUCUUCUCCCCCAAGGGGAAGCUCUUCGAAUACGCUACCGAUUCUUGCAUGGAAAGGAUCCUCGAAAGAUAUGAAAGGUACUCGUACGCUGAAAGGCAGCUGAAGGAGCCCGAUCUCGAGUCAACGGGAAGUUGGACCUUAGAACAUGCAAAGCUUAAGGCUAGGCUGGAGGUCUUGCAGAAGAACCAAAGGCAUUACAUGGGAGAAGAACUCGACAACCUUAGCAUGAAGGAGCUGCAAAACUUGGAACAUCAACUCGAUGUUUCGCUUAAACACAUUCGAACUCGCAGGAAUCAAAUCAUGAAUGAAUCAAUUUCUGAGCUUCAGAAAAAGGACAAAGCAUUGCAGGAGCAAAAUAACUUGCUUACAAAGAAGAUCAAAGAGAGGGAAAAGGAAUUGGGACUAACGACGAAUUCGAGGGAACAACGGCAAAAUCACGACGUGAACUCGACUUGUUACAGCCAACAGCAGCCUUUGAGCACCUUGAAUGUCAGCCAAAUGUAUCUAGCGCCAGGAGAGAACAGUGGAGAAGUCGACGUGCCACCGGGACAACACCCGUCGUCGGCAAAUUCAGUGAUACCUUCAUGGAUGUUGCACCACACAGAUGGCUAAAAACACUAAGAGGUAAAGACAUCAUCAUUUAACAAUAUUGUAAUGUACCAAAGCUUGCUUUGCCUAUGUUGUCUUUGAUCCAUUUUCGAAAAGAAUACUCGAGAAACAUAAAAUUCUCGAUGAAAAUAUGGUAAAAAAGAAAUUGAGAAAAAAAAAAAGUGAAAUGGAGUAUCAUUAUGUUAUAUGAUAUUUAGAAAUAAGCUUGGAGGGAUUUUGUCCCUUUAAUCCGUUGUUGUUGUUGUCGUCGUUGUUUUUAUACCGUGUCUUGUUACAUGUGAUGUAUGUAUUUAAUGGUAAAAGUUUGUCCGUAGAAUUGAUGAUAUAUUCUAAUGUAUGUGUUAUUAGUG